AUGCCUAACCCAAUAAAGGCUAUUCACGCAAGUUACAAUCUCCUCUCCUGGGUCAUGGACCACGAUCAAGUCCCCAACGACAUUCGCCGCAGUCUCGAGCUCGUACGAACCUGCGACGCUGAUCUCCAGCACCUCAUCGAGCUCAGGAACGACUGUCUGCCUCUUCUCCAGCGGCGUCCAAAGGUCCUUCAUCGUGUACACUGCAUCAUAGAAUCUGCCCAGAAGGGCCUUGCAGAGGUCUGUGAGAUUGUCGAGAGAUGCCGUCCUGAAACCGACAGAGGCACGAGAACGAGGUUUUCAAAACGCAUGGCUUGGGUUCUUGUUGAUUCGAGCGAGUUUAAGAGCCAGGAGCCUAUUGUUAGUCGACAUCACGCUGCUGUGCUCGCUGAGUUGAACUUUUUGAGACAAGUCGCUCUCAUGGCUCCUGUUUCUGAACCGGAGAAAGUACAGGAGAGAUGUGGUGUUCAGGGCGAUCUUCCAGUGUUUGAUAGUGUUGCUCUUUUGGGGGAUAUGUUGGGUGAUUUGACAGUGACGAGUUCCCCAAAGGAACAGCCACGAGCUACACACUCUAUCAUGUCAUUCCCACCUAGCAUAGUUCUCAGCAACAAGACUCAGUCGGCAACGCCCUCUACUGUGUCCUCACUUCAACUCCCCUCGUCUUUGCACCGGCCAUUGAGUUCUCAGACAUUACAUAUAGAACACGCAGCCGAGUCACUACCAGAAGUUCUUCUCGUCAACAUGGCCAGUACCGCACCGUCUAGAUCUCUUACUACAAGAUCCAAAUGUGAUAGCGAGGAUCUGGCUGGGCUCGCUUUGCUCCUUGGGGAUCCCCUAGAUAUGAAAGACAUCUUGUCGCCAUCACCACCAUCUAGUAUGGAUGCCCUCGAUCGGCCAACAAUAGCUUCCUCUCACACUCUCCCUACAGGCCUCCCACGCCUGUAUUCUGCAUACAACAUCUCUGACCUUAGUCUACCGCAUAACACUCCAGAGGAUAGUGUAUCAGACCUAAGUCACUACGGCCGACACGCAAGUGUUGGCUACACGCCUUCGAAUCUAUCGCACAACAUCUCAAACCCUCUUCAUCACCGACACUCCUCCAUGUCCGUCCUGUCAACAACCACGCGGACACUAAACCAGUAUAACGUGCCUUCUACUGCUUAUCCAGGCCAACUUGCAUGGUCAAACUCAUCCUCUACAACAAUCUCCUCCAUCUCUCCCGGCUUCUCGGCAUACGAAUCCGCUCUGGCACAACCUAUUGCCGAACUGGAUACUUCACCAUAUCAAAUGGUUCCAUUAGCAGGUUUAUCAGAUCAAACCGAUCCUUACCGAAACAGUUCAACGGGCCAGAAAUUGGUGGUACAGGUUAAUACGAUGCCUGUUGAGCUUCCAGCGGAGGAUACCCAGGCCGCCAACUCCAGCCUACGCCGUCGAGCAAUUCCUCUUGAGUCCAGGAGACGCAAAAGUGCCUAUACACAGUCUUUUUUAUCGGAUAAUCAAUAG